ACAAGAUGUCUGCGCCCAUGAAAAAGCGAGCGGUGCACGAUGAGAUGAAAAAACUAGAAAAAGAAGGCGAUUUAAGUGAUAGUGAGCAGGAUAUCGAUCCAUCUUCGGAUGACGAAAAAGAUGAAGACUCAAAUGAAUUCGAGGGCAAGGAGAUCCAAGUUGAUUUUGAGGCACGUGUUGCUCAGGACAGUGACUUUCAUGGAAUCAAGCAGCUGCUGAAACAGUUAUUACUGAAGGCCGAUAUUGAUAUGGGCGAGCUGGUCAAUUACGUUAUCUCAAACAAUAAUGUUGGCAGCGUUCUGAAGCAAGUUGAUGAUAUUCCUGAUGAUGAUGAUAAUGGUGAUGAUGAUGAUGCAACCAUUGAGCCUGUCUUUGGCCUCACGUCUGUGGUCGAUCUUUCAAAGGACAGUACGUGUUCAAAACAACUCAAAUCGUUACUCUUGGAAAGGUGUAAAGAGUGCAACAGCAAGAAGUUAGCCGACUUCAGGGCCAUGUUCGACAGCAAGCAGAUCGGUUUCAUUGUGAACGAACGAUUCAUCAAUCUGCCACCACAAGUAUCAGUGCCACUCUUCACAUCACUAAAGAAAGAAAUUGAAGCUGCAAACAAGAAGAAGUCGAAGCAGUAUGAUCUGUAUCUGAUGAUCGCCAAGACAUAUAAAAUGAAGGAAGUGGGAAAUAACGCAAAAUCUAAAGGCAACAAGAACGAGGAUUUAACAUAUGUCAACCAGGAGGAGGAGUUCAUUCAACAGGAGGCCAUGUUAACAUUUGACUAUUGUGUGACCAAAGAGCACGACUCUGCCGUAGGUGGGUCAUGGGAUGAAGAUGAUGAAGAAAUGGAUGCCUAUAGAACAGUCAUGGUUUUCCCAGCGGAAAGGCUCGAUAAUAUUGUCACGAGACUGACAGAGGUCUUCUCUUAGUCAGAAAGAACUAUAUAUGAAUUGGACUUGUAAGGGAUCAUUAUAACUAGUGCGUCUUUGAACAUUGGUGACACACUUUGACUUCAGAAUUCAGAGUGGCUAUGAGGUGACUUUAAGUCAUCCAAAAUAUGGAGAAAGAUGUGAAUAAAAUUAACAAUCGUCUUCACUGAAAUUAUUCUUCUGUUAGCUAAUGCUGCUAU